CGUUUCGGUGAAAUAUUCCUUUAAUCCGCCAAUGCCUUGCAGCUGGGCAGACGCAUAGAGAAGGUCUUUACUGCUUUUAAUACCACAAGGAAACCAGAUCAUUGCACGUAUUUCUCCACUGUCACCACCUUCUCGGUUUCAUUCACUCCUUCCUGCUCAGCCAAGCGAAAAACUGGGGAGGAGGAAGGCAGCACUGGGACUUGCCAGGAAAGAGCCUUCCCUCAAAAGCGGGGACCGGUCCCACCCUUGCUGGAAGCCAUCCUAGUAACAGGUUGUUCUUCACCUCUGCUCCGCACGUUGCUAUCUGAAAAAGCCCUCAACUCUGCCACUAUGAAAACGUCCAGAUCCCUUCUCCAGCAAAUAAUGGGUUACAACAUGCCCUUUGGCUUCCUUAUACUUUUUACCCUGGGCACAAUUGUGGAUGGAACUGACCUCACAAAUACCAGUCAGAAUACGAACAGCAUUGAUGCCACAGCAACGCCUCUCCACAGCACUAUUUUACUUGGAACCGAAUUGGAUGAAAGCACUGCACCACAAGGUACACCUGCUCAUUCCUUGGAACCUGGACCUAUUCACUCCACAAUCGACAGCAAACGGAUGGAUUUAGCAGUCAAAGAAAUUACAGAUGUGCCCCCGGUGACCACACCUUUGGUCUUAAGCAAGAAAACCACAGUGACAAAAGCUUCAGUCACCCCCAUCCCGAAAGUGGCUCCAGUUUUCCUAAAUGACACUUCAGCUGAACAGGGAACUAUUGUCAAUAUUUCAGUCAGCUCCACCCCUCCUAGCCACGUGAUCAUCACUACCGAAGAAACCACUAGAAAAAUCACCAUUGGCAAGGGGAAGGCCUUUGUGGGACCACCAACUUCAGCUGAUGUAGUGACAGAGAAACCGGGACAGGCCUCUACUGGAACAAAGGGAACUAUCAAGGAAACAGGCCCGGGACAGAUUAAGGAGACAACAAAGACACCAGGACACCGUGCUGUCACAACACAUGAUACCAACAGGCGUAGUCCCCUGCUCUCGACCACGGAGUCUACCACGAAAGGACCAGUGACUGGUUCAUCCAGCGCAACUUCUUCAGGGAAUAAUAAUAUUGGAAUAGUCUUGGCCAUCGUCUUCUGCGUCCUGGUGCUUCUGGCCGUCGUGGGUUUUCUGUAUUUCAGACGCCGGCACCGUUCCGGCUCUACCGAUUUCACACCAGGGUGGGCAGGGAAGGCGACACUACCAGAUGAUGCGGCUUUAGAUAAAGACGUAGAGCAAGGGGAAGUGAACGCCGGGGAAGGGGAGACGAAACGCAAUACCCUUGUCACGUUCUUUGGCAAGCGUCAAUCUAGGGUGCCCUCAGUAGCCAUGGAAGACAUGAGCGAGAAAGGAGGGAGGGAGGAGACGGAGCAACUGCUUGACAAAGGUGCUGGUGGAGACCCCAAUCUGGAGGGAUCUGAGGAAGCCAAUGGUAAACUUAAAGAAACCACCACGCCAUCCCCUCAGGAGGCCUCCUCCACUUCCAGCAAACCAGGAGGAGGCACCUCCUCCUAAACAACGAGCAUAGGCCGCACCCCUUCUUAGGCUCCUCCCACAGUAGAAUGCUGCCGCGGCCUACACUCCUUCCGCUAGGUUAGGGUACUCCAGCUGCUUAUCUUCACCCCGUCCCUUGGUCCAUUGUGUGCGGAUGGAGGAGUGAAAGAGUCCCUUGCACCACCAUCAUUCAGAAAUGUCUGACCACAUCCUUUUUCCUGUUUAUAUGGCCUAUGUAGGGGAGAGAUGAAUACAGAAAGAAAUCAGGAGAUCUGUUUCCCCAGCCAUCUCCGGCUCAGACACACCAAACCUCAUUUUCUUCGAGAGGAUUAGGAGUUUGAUUUAAGUCUAAGUUUUUGGUGAAGAUCUGUUUGGAGGGGGGGCAUAUUCUGAGGUUUAGGUGGGUGUGUUUAGCAGGGGAGGGAGAGAAAACUUAAGGCCAUGAGGAGGAGGGAAGUUGUGGUGGAAAAAUAAGCAUUGUUGCAGCUUUCUGUUGUAGCAGAAAGUUUUGAACACUGUUUUCAUAAAGAAAGCAGAAAGUUUUGUGGGGAUUUUUUUAACACAUUCAAAGCUGAUAAGCUUUCCUACUAACUCAAAAUUUAAUCCUUAUUUCAGCCUUCCACCAACCAGGUGCCUUUCAGAUGUACUGGACUACCAUCACUCCCAAUCAGUGUGGCUGGCUGGGGAUGAUGGGAGCUGUAGUCCAACUCAGGGCACCCGGUGGGGAAGUCUGCUUGAUGCCCAGGCAGGGAGGCAUUCUCCAUGAUAGCUGGAAGCAAAAUGUACAUAGGUCUAUGCAUACUUUUCUUAUUUAAUUCAAAGCAUCCUGCAAUGCUAAGUCCUUUGCAUCCUAUGAUAAAGUACAAAUUUUCAAGCAGCUGGUCGCUUUUUUCCUGACUAAAGGAGCUUUUGAAAAAUAUAGACGCAAAGCAAGCUAUUAAACAGAAGUGAAAUUUUUUAGGAAAAGCAGAACAUAUAUUCUACUAUAUAAGGAAAGAAACCAUAAAAUAGCAUUUUAACCAGUGUUAUAUCCUCCUAGCUUCAGACAUUAAAGUCCUGCCUCUGCCUUCCUCAGUAUAUAUAGUGCAUAUCAGAAGCCUCGAUAGGUUAAACUAACUCGUCUUGUUAGACAAGUCUUGUUUCUAGGAGAACAUUCUUUGAUCUUGAAUGAUGUCACAAUCCCAUAUGGUAUAUAAUAAUCAAUCACGUUAGUCGGUUCACAAAUGGAUAACUAAUAUACAGAUGACUCACAUGUAGAGUGGCAGAAAUUCCAGUCCAACCCUACACAUGCCUACUCAAAAGUAAGUCGCACUGACUGAAUUCAGUGAACGCUACUCCUAGGUAGGUUCAUACAAGGUUGCAACCUGAACGGGGCUACAUGAAUUCUUACUAGCCAGGUCUCCAGGAGCUAUUCUAGUAUAUAGAAGCUCUUGAUUUCAAGUAGUCAUAACUCUCAUCACAAUGACAAGACAAGCCAGGAUGACUAAAGGCAAACAUGUAUUUUGAAUGCAUUAUCAAGAGGGCUAGAGAGUAGAACUGUGGGACAAGUUAUCUGUUGGUUGGGGAUCCUAAUCCAUUUUAAAAAGCAAGGAAUUAGAAUGUUAAUCUGUAACAGCAAACACAACAGCAACGAAGAGUCUUGAGGAAAUGACUUAUGAUUAAUUAUGCCACGAGCUUUUGUGAAUUAUAGUCCACUGAAUCAGAUGCAUCUGAGGAAUUGUGGGCUCUAGUCCACGAAAAAUUGUGCCAUAAUAAAUCUGCUAGGCUUCAAGGUGUCACAAGAUUCUGUAUUGUUCUUGCUGGAAUCAAGAGGUAGUAAUCAUCUUGUACUAAGGAAUACAAAACAAUAGUAUGAUCAAAAAAAUUAAUAUGCAGUAAAGGGAUAUUUAUUUGUAUUAUACAUUUAAACUGAAUGGAUUGUCAGGGCUUUUUCUAAGAUGGAGUGGGCAACUUCUGGCCCUCCAGAUGUUUUAGGUGAUGACUCCCCUGAUCCCUCACCAUUGGCUUUGCUGACUGGGGCUGAUGGAAGUUGUAGGCCAAAAUAUCUGGAGGGCUGCAAGUUGCUCACCCCUGCUUUGAGAGAGAUCCUUAUUGCAGUUUUCUGAAGGGGUUAAGACACCCUCACAAAAUUAUAGAUCCCAAUGUUUCUUUGGCAAUUAUUCUGCUUUUACUCCAAUUGCACCAUUAGGGCAUAGACCAUGAUGACGUUCUCCUGAGCAAACUCCAUCCGGAGCCGUGCAAGAGUAUGUGAGCCGUUAUCAUACUUGCCUUUCUCCUUCAUCCAGCUUCUUGAUAACUCCCUGUAGUGUUCAUUGUAUAUUCUGUUGUCAAUUUUGUCCUUUUUGGAGGCAGAGAUUUAGUUUUAUGUACGUGUGAGGCUGUAUUAAAGUAAAUUCUGUAUCAACCAAUCAAUAAAAAAAUAACUUCAUGUUAA